CCUCGCCGUCGUCCCCGCCCCGCCCAGCCUGCCCGCCGCCGGCCGCCGGCCCUCCGGCCGGCCAGGAGCCCCGCCGCCGCCGCCGCUGAGGACAUGUCUAACCCCGGAGGCCGGAGGAACGGGCCGGUCAAGCUGCGCCUGACAGUACUCUGUGCAAAAAACUUGGUGAAAAAGGAUUUUUUCCGACUUCCUGAUCCAUUUGCUAAGGUGGUAGUUGAUGGCUCUGGGCAAUGCCAUUCUACAGAUACUGUGAAGAAUACUCUUGAUCCAAAGUGGAAUCAACAUUACGACCUGCAGUGAAGUGAAAUCUCCAAGAGUCCUGCUCGCUCAAGGCCUGCAAAUAGGAAAGAAGCAGGGGAAAAGCGUUACAAACAGCUUUUGUUCUGCAGCAUUUAAAAAUAUAACAGGUAUAUUGGAAAGUCUGAUUCAGUUACGAUCAGUGUGUGGAAUCACAAGAAGAUCCAUAAAAAACAAGGUGCUGGAUUUCUUGGUUGUGUUCGUCUUCUUUCCAAUGCUAUCAACCGCCUCAAAGACACUGGUUAUCAGAGGUUGGAUCUGUGCAAACUGGGGCCAAAUGACAAUGAUACAGUUCGAGGGCAGAUAGUAGUAAGUCUUCAGUCCAGAGACCGAAUAGGCACCGGAGGACAAGUUGUGGAUUGCAGUCGUUUGUUUGACAAUGAUUUACCAGAUGGCUGGGAAGAACGGCGAACUGCCUCUGGAAGAAUCCAAUAUCUAAACCACAUAACAAGAACUACACAAUGGGAACGCCCAACACGACCUGCAUCUGAAUAUUCUAGUCCUGGCAGACCUCUUAGCUGCUUUGUUGAUGAGAACACUCCAAUUAGUGGAACAAACGGUGCAACAUGUGGACAGUCUUUGGAUCCUAGACUAGCAGAGAGAAGAGUGAGGUCCCAACGACAUAGAAAUUACAUGAGCAGGACACACUUACACACUCCUCCUGAUCUACCAGAAGGCUACGAACAGAGGACAACACAACAGGGUCAGGUAUAUUUCUUACAUACUCAGACUGGUGUGAGCACAUGGCAUGAUCCACGAGUACCUAGGGAUCUUAGCAACAUCAAUUGUGAAGAGCUUGGUCCUUUGCCUCCUGGAUGGGAGAUCCGUAACACCGCAACAGGCAGAGUUUAUUUUGUUGACCAUAACAACAGAACAACACAAUUCACAGAUCCUCGGCUUUCUGCUAAUUUGCAUUUAGUUUUAAAUCGUCAGAACCAGUUGAAAGACCAACAGCAACAGCAAGUGGUGUCCUUAUGCCCUGAUGACACCGAGUGUCUGACGGCACCGAGGUACAAGCGAGACCUGGUUCAGAAACUGAAAAUCUUGCGGCAAGAACUUUCCCAGCAACAGCCUCAGGCCGGCCACUGCCGCAUUGAAGUUUCUAGGGAAGAGAUUUUUGAGGAAUCAUAUCGACAGGUCAUGAAAAUGAGACCAAAAGAUCUCUGGAAACGAUUAAUGAUAAAAUUCCGUGGAGAAGAAGGCCUUGACUAUGGAGGGGUUGCCAGGGAAUGGUUAUACCUCCUGUCACAUGAAAUGUUGAAUCCAUACUAUGGCCUCUUCCAGUAUUCUAGAGAUGAUAUCUACACAUUGCAGAUCAAUCCCGAUUCUGCAGUUAAUCCGGAACAUUUAUCCUAUUUUCACUUUGUUGGACGAAUAAUGGGAAUGGCUGUAUUUCAUGGACAUUAUAUUGAUGGUGGUUUCACAUUGCCUUUUUAUAAACAGUUGCUUGGGAAAUCAAUUACUUUGGAUGACAUGGAGUUAGUUGAUCCUGACCUUCAUAAUAGUUUGGUGUGGAUACUUGAAAAUGAUAUUACAGGUGUUUUGGACCAUACCUUCUGUGUUGAACAUAAUGCAUAUGGUGAAAUUAUUCAGCAUGAACUUAAACCAAAUGGCAAAAGUAUUCCUGUUACCGAAGAAAAUAAAAAAGAAUAUGUCAGGCUGUAUGUGAACUGGAGGUUUCUACGAGGCAUUGAAGCUCAGUUCCUGGCUCUGCAGAAAGGAUUUAAUGAAGUGAUUCCACAGCAUCUGCUGAAGACAUUUGAUGAGAAGGAGCUAGAGCUCAUUAUUUGUGGACUUGGCAAGAUAGAUGUGAGUGACUGGAAAGUCAACACCCGGUUAAAACACUGUACACCAGACAGCAACAUUGUCAAGUGGUUCUGGAAAGCUGUGGAGUUUUUUGAUGAAGAGCGGCGAGCACGCUUGCUUCAGUUCGUGACAGGCUCUUCUAGAGUGCCUCUGCAGGGCUUCAAAGCACUACAAGGUGCUGCAGGCCCACGGCUCUUUACCAUACACCAGAUUGAUGCUUGCACGAACAAUUUGCCAAAAGCCCACACUUGCUUCAAUCGAAUAGACAUUCCGCCCUAUGAAAGCUACGAAAAGCUCUAUGAAAAGCUGCUAACAGCCAUCGAAGAGACAUGCGGAUUUGCUGUGGAAUGAUGAGCUUCGAGGGCUUUCCCAGAACUCUAUUUAUACCCCUCACUGACAGCCUUCUUUUAGCAGCACUUCAAAGAAUGCUGAAGUACAGGACACUCCCCCUUUACAAUGUAGACACUGUGAGGGGAAAGGACAAUUUUAAAAUUCCUUUUCAAGGAAAAAUAAAGGUCUUUAUGCUUUGCCAUGAGGACACACUCAGCUGCUACUUAAAAUUAAUACCUUGAACCUAAAGAAUGCUGACUCCCUGCAUUUCCAGAGUCAGGCAGUAUUCUACACUUAAAGACUACUAUUUUUAUAAAAGGUAAUCUAUUCAAAUCGCUUCACAAACUCAAGUAUCACACACAUCAGGACAACUCCAGCAGUCGUUACAAACCACAUUUCAUUUCAAUUGAAUACAUGAUUUUGAACAGCUCCUGUACUUGCUCUUUGUAAAUGAAAUAAAGUUAUUUUGAAUUAUCCCACCUUUGUAAACAAUUGGCUAAAAGAAUUGUUACCUUUAAGAAAACUAAGCCAUUUACAUGUUUAGUUAUGUUUUUUCUACAGCAGAGCAUUAUAUUUUGCAUUAUGUGGGUCAACCUAGCCUAAGUGGGUUGUUUUUAUAUUUUUCAAGUGUGAAUUCCUUGGAAAUUCCUAAUGCAACCAUUUAAAAUUAGUUUAUUUGCUACAUUAAGAUGUGUUCUGUUUUUAAGACUUUUUAAAAACCUAAUGUUUUUUACUUGAAUCAAUAGGAUCAGGUAUUUUUGGAUUGACUUUUCAUCUUAAAUUGAAAUACUGCAUUUUUGUAGCUUCUUGAAGCAUGUGAUGGGAUGGAAUUUUCGUUCUUUGCUGGGUCAGUUUGUCUUUAAUAUAUAUACUAUUUUCUAUAAACCAAAGUCUCUAGUAAGUGCAUCUAAUUUAAAGUUUGUCACAUAAACCAUCCUGAAGCUUUGCUUAGCUGCCUGCUGAUGAUUUUACUCAGCUAAAAUUAUGAAAAUUUUUGCUCUAAAGAUUAUUUAGCAAGCUUAGAAAAUCCUGCUUUUACCUCACAAGAUGAACUGGAGGUAGUUCUGGGGAUGACGGGUAGGGAAUGUGAUAGCUAAAAAUGAGUGAAAUCUAUGAUGACACAUACUUGUCAAGUCCCAGCACAUGGAAGCUGAGGCAGGAGGAGUAAAGCUCAAGUUCAAGGCCAGCCUGAAGUACACAGCAGAUCCUACAUGUCGCACCCCCCUCCCAACCCCCAGGAAGAGUGACUGUCGCUAUUGUAUGAAUUACUUUAAAACUGGAAUUAAUUUGAAGUGGGGUCCUGGCUGCCUCAGUGCUUAGUAUUCAGGCUGAGCUUUCAAGGUGUACAACAUGUCCCAUGAUGUUCAGAAGGCAACCAAAAUUCUGGGACAAGGGAUUGCAACAAUCUAAAGUACAGGUAGAUUUUAAAAACCAGUCAUCAAAAAGAUGCACUAUUUUUAAAAACAUCAAUGUGAAAUAAGAAUAGCAACUUCUGGUGAGAUAGAGAAUAGGCCUGUGUGUUCUGUUUCAUGUGAUACAGUGGACUCCUGUCUGUUCUUGAAACCAAAGGGGUCCUCAGAGGUGCCUGAGGGGUAAGGGUCUGAGGAGAGACAAAGGGCAGGAAGGCACGGUUAGUGUUUGAGCAGGAUCCUCACCCCAUCCUCCAGCCUUCCCCAGAGCAGUUGUCUUUCCCUUCUGGAAAUUGAAUUCUAAGUACGCAUUUGGGGGGUGGGGGGAUAAAAGGAGACUUUGCUGCUUUAAAAAAGUGGAGGACUACUUUUGUAGUUUCUUAGUAUUUAAGUGUAUUUUGUUUGGCCAAAUUUGACAACUAAAAGUCAUAGCUGUAACUGUGCAGUGACUUUCUUCUCAGACAUUUUGUUUUUCCUGUUCUUAGUAGUACUGAAGAACUUUUUGAAAUGUACAGAAAUAGUUUUCGUGCCCUUUGAUCACCAGUCCUUUUCAGCUUCGGGGAUUGCACCUUGUUGGUUGCAGGUCCAUCUCUCUACUAAAGCACUAGUGCAGUUCGUACCUACUUAACCAAACCUUUCCUAACAAAUUGACUGACAUCCUAUAGAUAAGCCAGGCAGCACAUACCUGUAAUCCAGCAUUUGGGAGGCAGAGGCAGGAGGAUCAGGAGGUUAAGGCCAGCCUCAGCUGCAUAGUGAGUUUGAUGCUGGCCUUGGCUCCAUGAGGCCCUGCAUUAAAAAGGGAAAGGAGAUCAUAACAAGGAUUUGGUAAUAUGAGAUGCCACUCCAGUUGUUUUCAUGAAGAGCGUAAAGCAGGCAAGUACCAUCGCUUUGUGAGUGCCUUUUAACUUUGUAACAGUGACUUCAUACAGCUUUAAAGUAGGUCACCCUGUGUAACACAGAUGUGACAUGAAAACAUGAUUUAGAUUUCAACUUCAAAAUUGUAUUACCUGAUUACUGCCAAAUAGGUGCUAAGCAAACAAAACCCCCCAAUGCCAUUGAACUUGGACUUCCAACUUGUGUUUGUUUCCACAUGGCCCUCCUCCCUGGCUUUUUCUUUUCCUUUCUCUAAUUGUGUUAUUUCAGAUACGUGGUGUCACUCCUCAUUCUUCUAGUCCCUUACCAUUAUAAAUGCUUAGUAUGAGCACUGGUUACUCUGUAGAGCUCAUAUGCAGUACAGAGCCAAGUUUGGGUUCAGAGGGCCUGCCUGGUUUCUUGGUGUAAAGAGUUUUAAAAUAGUGCUGUGUAUAGUGUACAUUUUGUUUUGCAGUUUGUUGCCCUGUAUUUCUUACCAAGUCUUCCUACUCCCUACUUCCUUGCAUUUCCAGUCAAGAGCACAAAUUUCUAAAUACAAUGUAAUUUGCUUUCUUUGAAAACACUAAAUCUGCUUUGAACUUCUGGUGCAUUGGACUGACUACACUGGUGGGAGUUCGAGAUGCCUCCAGCCACCUUCAGGGUGCGUGUGGUGGAGCACCUUCCCGCUUGCCUUUCAGCUGCAGCUUCCUGUCAACGGGUGCCAUUUGUGGUAUUUAACGUUCUCACGUUAGGAUGAUGAUUGUACCAAAUGCUGAGUUGUUUUUAUUUCUAGAUGUAAUUAGUUCACUUUAUGUAAUAUUCUUCCUUCUCUCAAACUGACUUUAAAAACAAAGUUUUAUCGUUUUCAUUGUAUGUGUAUUUAUUACAGAAUGUUUUAGCUUUGAUAUUCUUUGUAUUUUCACUCGCUACAUGAGCUUUAUCAAUAACAUCUGUAUAAAUGGUUUUUAAAAAUUAACUAUGUAUGUGCCCAUGCUGAAGUUGAGCAAUAAAAUGAAUGCUGUUUGCACUGUCA